AUGCUCGGCAAGACGCUUUUUGCGGCACUCAAUGUGCCCGCAUUUGUUUUCUCCCAGUCCAUCCCGGGGGCUUCGCCCGCCGACAACGCCUGCGUCGUCCAGCCCGGCCCCAACGGCACUGAUUCGGCGCCGGCAAUCAUCGCCGCGUUCCGCAAGUGCGGACACAAUGAUGCUGAAAACCGCGGCAAGAUCGUCUUCCUGAACGAGACCUACACGGUCAAGUCGGUGAUGAACACGACCGGCCUCAGCAACGUGGAUGUCGACAUCCAGGGAACGCUGCUCUGGGACAAGAACAUCCCGUACUGGCUCAACGCUUCUCUCCCCGUCGGCUACCAGAACCAGAGCAGUGCCUGGCUGUUCGGUGGAGACAACGUGCGCUGGGACGGCAACGGAUACGGCACUCUCGACGGAAACGGCCAGGUGUGGUACGACUUCGUCAACGGCACCAACAACUACAAGGGACGCCCGCAUGCCAUCACCAUCACCGGCACCAAGGACAGCGUCUUUUUGGGUACCCGUUUCGUCCAGAGUCAGAUGUGGACAAUGACAGUCAUCCACUCGGAAAACAUCCUCCUGGAGGACAUAUACAUCAACAGCACCGAUACCAAGCAAGCUGUCGGCUUUGACUUUUCCUCCCUCAACACCGACGGCGCCGACACGGUCUACGCCAACAACAUCACCUUCCGCAACUGGAUCGUCGACAACGGCGACGACUCCAUCUCCAUGAAGGCCAACAGCACCAACAUCCUGAUCGAGGACUGCGAGUUCCACACGGGGCUCGGCGUCGCCAUCGGCAGCAUCGGCCAGUACGACGGCGUGUACGAGACCAUCGAGAACGUCACCGCCCGCAACAUCGUCGUCAACAACAUGCGCUACGGCGUCUACAUCAAGACCUGGACCGGCAACUCGACCGGCUACCCGCCCAACGGCGGCGGCGGCGGCCUCGGCUUCGCCGCCAACAUGACGUUUGAGAACUUUUCUUUCAUCAACGCCUCCGGCGUCUUCGCCGCCACCCAGUGCACCAGCUACAACGGCGCCACCGGCGGCUGCGACACGAGCGAGUUCAACAUCAGGGAUAUGGUCUUGAGGAACUGGACGGGCACCACGACGAGCGAUGUGAAUGUGGCGAUUCAGUGCAGUGGGAAGAGUCCGUGCACGGGCAUCGCGGCCGAGGGGAUCGAGCUGUUGGAUACGGUCAAUGGCACGAAGCCGGCGAAUUGGCUGUGCUCGAAUGUGGUGAGCCCGGUUGGGUUUAAUUGCACCGGGGAGCCGUGGGAGGAGAAUAAUAGAUGA